AUGUCAAUGAACAAUUAUAAUAAUCAAAGUUUUGACUAUGACAGGUCAUUAAACUUGAGUCAAUCAUUUAAUGACUCAAUAUUUAAAGAUAAAAUAAAUCCAAAUAGCAGUUUAUUCAAAUCAUUAAGUAAAAGUAAUAAUCAAAGUAAUAGUUUAAUCAGCAGCAAUAUUAGCGAAUUUAUAAACUUUUAUAAAAAGAAUAGUGAUUUGUUGGUAAUAGAAAGGGAAAUUAGCAAUUUUUUAGAUGGCCAAAGUAGAGAUACUCAAGAAAAUAGCACAAGAGAGGGUUUAAUGGACUCAAUGAAUAUAUCUAUUGGAUUUUUGAGCGAUGCUUUCAGUUCAAUUAAGGUGCAAAGAGAAUAUAUCCAAAAAUUGGAAGAGAAGAUAAAACUAGAUACCAAAUUAACAAGUGACUCUAAUCAACAAUCUAAAGAUUUGAUUAAAGCCGAGGAAGAGUUACAAGAAUUAAAAAUUAAAUACAAUAAACUCGAAGCAGAUCGUCAAAUACUAUUAGAUAAAUUAGAUGAAGAUAAAGUAAUUUUAGAAAACAAUGAAAAAGAAAACCAAAGAAAAAUUGCAAAUAAAAAUAUCGAAAUUGAAGAAUUAAUUAAAAAAAUCAAAUUUUUAUCAAAUAGUGAAAUCGAAUUAGGAAAGAAAUUAAAUGAAUCAGAAAAAAAGUUUUCAGACUUGGAAAGAAAUACACAAUUAAAAAUUAGAGCCAUCGAGAAAGAGAAAAUGCAAUUUAGAACUGAAGUAAAUGAAUUAAAACAUAAAUCACCAACCCACCCAAACAAUGAAAACAAAGCCAAAGAUUCAGAAAUUAAACACUUGAAAACUAUUAAUAGACAAUUGGAUGAGCAAAUUCAGCAACAAAAGAAAACAUUGGAGUCAACUUUAAAAAUAUUGACCGAAAAAGAGAGUCAAUUAGAUCAACUUACAAUCAAUUCUAUUAGCAAUAGAUCACCAAUUUCAAAAUCAAAUUCUACCACUGGAACCACCAUGACACCAAAUGAAAUUUAUGAACAAAAACUUAAAGAUUGUGAAAUUAUUAUUCAAUCAUUGAAAAGUGAAAUUCAGUAUUAUAAACAACAAAAUCAAGAUAGUGUUGGUGAAAUUGAAAGAUUAAAAACACUUUCAGAUAAUUUAGGUAAUUUAGAGUUAAUAAAGCAACAAAAUGAUUCCUAUAAAGAUAAACUUUCAAGACUCGAACCAAUUAUUGAAAAAUAUAACUCUUUACAAAUUGAGUAUUCAAAUUUAUUACAAGAUAUAUCAAAUAAUGAGAAUAAUUCAGAAAAUAAUAAUCAAAUCGAACAAUUAAAACAAAAGAUUAUAAAAUUAGAAAAUGAUAAUCAAUUAUUAAUAUCAAAAAUUGGGGAUUUAACAGCAAAUUGGAAAUUAGUAGAGAAUAGAAAUAAAGAUAUUAAUGAAAAUAUUGAAAGUGAAAAAGAAAGUAUUGAAAAUAAAGAAAAAAGAAUUAGUGAACUAACAGAAAAAAUUAAAAGAGUAGAAAAAUUAAACUAUUUAUUAAAGAGAGAAAGGGACAACUUUAAAAACAUAUUGGAUGCAUAUGAUGAAGAAGAUCCAAAUUCAAUGAAUGUGGACAGUACACGUGACAGUUUAAAGAAUGAUAGAAUUAAAGAAUUAGAAAGAGCAUUAAAAGAAAAAACAUUAUGGAUUGAAGAGUUUGAAUCCCAAUUUGAUUUGGGAAAUGGAAUUGGCAAGGGUACAUCUACUGAAAAAGCAAAUAAUGAAAAGAUUAGUCAACAACAAUAUAAAGAUGAAAUUAGCAAAUUAAAUAAAGAAAUCGAAGGCCUAUUAGAAGAGAAUGCAAUGUUAGAGUCAAGACUAGGCAAAGGUGAAUACGAUCCAACCAAAACUAAGGUACUACACUUUGUAAACAACCCAACCACUGCUAUUUUAAAUCCAAAGAUCGAUGUAAGCAACGGUAUGGAAGGUGAUAAAAAAAUCUUAGAAGAGAACCACAGAUUACAAAUUCAAAUCAAUGACAGCGAAAAGAAAUUGGACCGUUUGAAAUUAAUAUUUAGACAAAAAAUCAAUGAAUUCAGAGAAGGUGUUUAUGCAUUAUUAGGCUACAAGAUCGAAGUCGAUACAAAUGGUCUUUAUAAACUUCAGUCAAUGUAUGCAGAAAGUGAAAAUGACUUUUUAAUUUUUAAAAAUAAUACUUCUGGUUCAAAUAAAACAAUUCAAAUGGAGCUUUUAGAAACAGAUUUCACAAGAAAUUUGGAUAAAGAAAUUAAAGCCUAUUUAUUUACUUGUAAAUCUAUACCUUCGUUCCUAUCCCAAGUUACAAUAGAUCUAUUCUCAAGACAAACCUUCCAUCCAUAA